AUGAUGUCCCUCCAUAGCCAGCUGGGCACUGUGGUUUUGCUUCCCUCUGGUGUUUAUCUUCAGUCUUCUUCACUCACCAGGCCCAGCAGGCAGCUGCUGGAGGUAAAAGAGCUCAGUGUCACAGAGGACUCACUGGAUGAAAGUUACUUGACUCCUUCGAUUGAAUAUGAUCUAUGUGACUACCACCGGACUUACAAUAGCACCUUGUGCUCAUUGGAGGAACAGUUCACCUACUGUGCUCUGGAUUCAGCCUUUCCCACCCAGGAGGCCUGUCCCCAAGGGCCUUGGAGUGGAGACUUGAGCCACCACCUGUCAGAGGUGCAAUCUUCACAUGCACAGCUGAAGCCAAGCACCCUGGUGCUCAGUUGUGUGCAAUUGCAGCUGGAUCAAUGGUUUGAUUAUGGCUAUAGCAUGGCCAGGCAGGGCCUUUCUUCCACCACCUGGACCUUCACAGCCAAAACUGAUUCUGGGAACCAAUGGCCCUUCCAAGAGCUGAGUUUGGAGCCUUCCCUUGGAAUAAAGAACCCUCCCCAACUGGAGGGUGAUGAUCUCGAAGGUCCAGCUGACAACACGCAUGGGUGUCAAGUCAUUGGCCACGUCCAUGCCUCAAGUGUCCUGAAACAGAUUAUCAAAAGAAAACUGCUGUUGAGCAAGUUCAGACUGGCAUGCAGAUUCCCUCGCCUUGAAACUUAAGAUACCAACUACUGUUGGAAUUAGGGAAAGAAUAAAAAUAAGCCACGAAAAGUAGCUUUUCCACCUGAUGAAAAUACCUAAAACAGC